AUGGAAACGGGUGAUCGUCGAAAUUUAUCACGUAAUCCAGGUGUUCCAUCUACUCCGGAAGCUUAUUUCAUUAUGGACGAAUCACUUGAAAUUUUUGCUCGCAAAGUUUUCGUUGGUGGACUUCCAAUUGAUGUUACGGAAGAUGAAAUAACAUCAACAUUUUCACAAUUUGGUCCGGUACUUGUUGAUUGGCCACGUCGUCCUGAUACUGGUGUUAAAGAACGAUCCACAGGUAUUGUUGAUUUGUUGCUUUUUGUUAUCAGGUAA